UCAUAAAUUCAAAAUUUUUGAUAGUUACAGCAACCUUGAACGCUAUAAAACAAAAACAAAAACAAAAACGAGCAUACCUCACGGUCGUCAGUCCUGGAGUUCUUCACUGCAGUAGCUUCUACCUUACGCUAUGGAUGUGUUGUCCUUUGCUUCCUUUCUCGAGUUAAAAUUUAUUUUGCUUUGAAUGCCACGGUGAAGCUGUCGUCAUCGCCAUUGUGGAUCAUCCUCGCCGUUUCCGAUACUUAUAGGCUCUCUAAGGGGAAAUCGGUUUCAAAUUAACGGUGAAAAUGGCGGCAGAGUGUAGUUCUCGGUGGUUCAGGUGAAGUUAGAGCGGCAUUGUAGAGAAGAGACAGGGAGUGAGCUUUGGAAGGAGAGAGAGAUGGAAGAGGAGAUGGAGAUAGAACCAGUGUUCGAGGUGAGUGAGGUUGAUCUGGAUUACGAGUUUGAUGCAGCUCAGUUCUUCGAUUUCACGCGUGAGGAGUCGCCGUCGGAGGCUAGAGACGCCGAGCGUUGGUUCGAAUCGGCACCGAGCUAUCCUCCUUCUCCUUUUGUGACCAAGUUAGUCUUAGGAGAGGGGAGUCUCCUGGAAAAUGUGACUACACCUGUAAAAUGCAAAGAAGUGGAUGAUAUUGGCAGAUUACCAGAAAAUGAUUCAGAAUUGGAAUUUUCACCUAUGGAUGCCAGUAAGAGAGGAUCUAAUGGAGGGAUUUUCACCAGUAUACAGAAAGUUUUACUAAAGGUUCUGAAUCAACCAUUUCAAUUAACUACAGGCUUGGCAACCAGCAAUAAUAUACCCGAUGAUAAGCCAAAGAGCUCCACCCUUAUGCCAAGGAGCUCCACCCUUAUGAAACCUACUGCUAGUCAGUUAGCCAAACAAAAUUGCCCCCCUCAAGUUGCUUCAACGAGAUUUAAGAAGUUACAGGUGCCAAACAGUGACAGAAGCUUAGUUCACUCUUCUGGCGUUGGAAGUCAAGCUGCAAAGAGGCAGAAGCUAGAGGGAGGUCUCACUCAUAAGGUUAAUGAGGUGAAGCAGCAAACUACCUUGGUACACAAGGUGCCUAAAAAGGAUGUAACUGCAGAUAGAAACACUAUCAAUAUCAAGCCAAAACUUACCAUUCCAAGGGAACCUGCACUUCGAACAGCCCACAGGGCUCAAAGAGUACUGCCUAUGAAUGGUACAAAACAAGAGCAUGUUACAUCUGCCAUGCAUAAAUUCAAAGCACGCCCAUUGAAUAGAAAAAUUCUCGAGGCUCCUUCAUUGCCUCUUCCAAAGAAGAGUGUUCCAAAAUUACCAGAGUUUCAAGAGUUUCACCUAAAGACAUCAGAAAGGGCUGUGCAACUGCCAUCAUCUGUAUCAUCCUCUUCGUUUCAAACAAAUGAUUAUGAUAAGGGGUUUGUGAAACCUUGUACUAAUUCAACUAAUCGCAAUGGAACUAGAGAAGUCAGAAGGUUGGAUUCCUGUGACACAAAUUACAACAUCAAAGCUCACCUUUUGAAUAAGAAGAUAUUUUCCGGUAAAGGAGAUCUUGGUGUUUCCAAAAACAUCAAAAAGGAAACCACAGCGCCAAUGGAAUAUAAAAUCCGUAGAGAAAGGAGGGUUCCGCAAAAUCCACCCAUAGAACUUUUUAGUAAGCUGUCUCUUACAUCUGAACUACAGCCAAGUAAUGGAUCUCAGAUGAAAUUGCCUUGUCCUACUUUUAUAUCUACAAAGGGCUUAAAGGAAAAUAGAUUGAUUUCUUUUCUUUCCAGCCAGAACACGAGAUGAUGAUGCAUUUGGCAAAAGAUAAACCACUUGUGGUUGCCUGAAGAAACAUUCAGUUCGCUAGUGAUGGUUGCAUGACUGAAGUUGUUAUUCAAUCGAGCAUCAGGUAUGUUCGGGUCGUUAAACCUUGUAUCAUUUCAUCUGUUGUUCAUGAUUGUGAAAUUUAUACAUGGAGAUUAUGCAGGA